CCGUCUUUUCUGCCCGGCCCUCUUUCCUGCUGCCGUGCUGCCACGGAUGGCCCCGCCCCUUCCCGCCCGCUCCGCCCCCAAAUCGAGCGCCUCCCGGAAGUCGGCGGGCUUGGGGCCGCGAUCCGGGAGCGUGAGUUGGGGCGGCGGUGAGCCGAGCUGCUGCUAGGGAGGCGGCGGCGGCACGCGGAGGACCUGGAGGGAUGGCAGCCCCGCAGCCCCUGGCGCGGCAGCUGGAGCAGCUGUUGGACCCGCGGCCCACAGAGGCGGACCCGGAGGCGGACCCCGAGGAGGCUACAGCUGCCCGAGUUAUUGACAGGUUUGAUGAGGGUGAAGAUGAAGCCAGUGACCUCCCACGUGUGGGAAGUAUUCGGAAGAGGGCCUUUGCCUCUCUCUUAGAUACGGACAAACGAUAUUCAGGCAAAAUCACUUCUCGAAAGGCUUUGAAAGAAGAUCUGUGGGAGCAACCUCAAUUAGAAGUGUCCGACAGAGAAGCAUCUGAUGAAGAGUCAGGGAGCACAGGGCUAGUGGAGUCUGAUGAGGAGCAGGAAUCCAGCGAUGAUGGGGGGAGCAGUUUGGAAGACCAAGGCCGGAGAGAGAAGAGGAAUGCUCAUUCAUCAGGCUUUAGUUUCCAGAGCAUUAGUGACUUUGAAAAAUUCUCAGAGGGAAUGGAUGAUGUGGUGAGUGAUGAAGAGGAGGAGGAGGAGGAGGAAGAAGAAGAAAACGGCAUAGAAGAGGAAACUGAUGAGGAAGAAGAUGGAGAGGAAAUCCAGGAGGCUGUGCCCGAAGACAAAGAUAAUGAUGAGGCAGUAAAGACCUUCUCAGGAGGCAAAGUGUCAGAGGAAGUGGAGAAAGGCAGAGCUGUGAAGAACCAAAUAGCACUGUGGGACCAGCUCUUGGAAGGAAGAAUCAAGCUGCAGAAAGCUCUGCUGACAACCAACCAGCUUCCCCAACCUGAUGUUUUUCCUAUUUUCAAGGACAAGGGCGGGUCAGAGUUUGCCAGUGCCCUGAAAAACAGCCACAAGGCACUUAAAGCAUUGCUUAGGUCAUUGGUAGAUCUUCAAGAAGAACUGCUUUACCAGUAUCCAGACACAAGACACCUCGUAGAUGGAACAAAACCUAAAGAGGAAAGUGAGGAAGAAAUCCCUAGUGAAGAAGAAGAAGAAGCCAUGGUAGCGGAGUACCAGCAGAAGAGAGGUCCUCCCAAGAGGAAGCUGGAAAUGGAGGAUUAUCCCAGCUUCAUGGCAAAGCGCUUUGCUGAUUUCACAGCCUACAGGAACCGUACGCUACAGAAAUGGCACGACAAAACCAGAUUGGCUUCAGGCAAGCUGGGAAAGGGUUUUGGUGCCUUUGAGCGUUCAAUCUUGACUCAGAUUGACCAUAUUCUGAUGGACAAAGAGAGGUUACUCCGAAGGACACAGACCAAGCGUUCCGUGUACCGUGUACUUGGCAGAGCUGAGCCAGUGGCUCAACCCAUUCCCGAGAAUUUGCCAGGGCAGCCGGAAAUAGUGCCGGAAGUUAUUGCCAAUGCCCAUCUGAAGGACUUGGAUGAAGAGAUCUUUGAUGAUGAUGAUUUUUAUCACCAGCUUCUCCGAGAACUUAUAGAACGUAAAACCAGUUCCUUGGAUCCUAAUGAUCAGGUGGCAAUGGGCAGGCAGUGGCUGGCCAUCCAGAAGUUACGAAGUAAAAUUCACAAGAAAGUUGAUAGAAAAGCCAGCAAAGGAAGGAAACUCAGGUAUCAUGUCCUUAGCAAGCUGCUGAGCUUCAUGGCACCUAUUGACCACACUACAAUGAAUGAUGAUGCCAGGACAGAGCUCUAUCGUUCACUCUUUGGAAAACUCGGCGGCGCCCCUGCAGAAGGCCCUCGGAAUUAAGUCCCCACCCCAACCACUGGGCUCGGUCUUGUCUACUAGAAUUGAAGAGACAGCAAGAGAAUUAAAAGCUGUCUCCACAUCUCAGUGUCAGCCGCUCACCCAGGCAAAUGGUCAACACUUUCUUAACACUGAACUUGGUCGGGGAGCUAGUGCAGUCCCUCUCAGGAAGAAGCGGCUCUAACAGCACCCACUUAUAAGACCAGUUUGGUACCUCCAGGACCUCCCUGUCCCUUUUAGAAAAUGUCUUCAGUGCUUAGUGUGGCCAAGGGAGCCAUGGCUCACAUCUAAGACGAUCACAGCCAGAGCUAUUGGUUUUGCUACUUUUAAACAUUUGGAAAACAUCGGCUGUCAGGGACCUUCUGUUCUACCAGAACUGGUUGGGAAUUCUUCUUUCAAGCAAGAGGCUGUUUGCAUGAUGGGGGACUGCACACUAAGGAAGGAGGCCUGAGCCAAACUCUGCUUGUCCUGGUCAGAAGCUUCUCAUGGCCCCCAGCCACAGGGAGCUCUAGGAAGUGGUUCUGCCCACCCUUUUUCUAUAGCUCAGAGAUAUUUGUGGAUUUUCAGCUAACUAUUGAUCUCUUGACUUUCUUUUCUUUGUUUUUCCCCUCUAGCCGAUAAGAAUUCUUUCAGAAUUCUCUUCCUUUCUCACCACUCAUGACACACUUUAUUGAGGUUAACUCUGGUGUAAAUCUAGCAGGAGCAGAUGAUUCACUUGUUUUUCAUCCAAAGGUCAAAAGCUGGAAAUUAAAUCCCCAUAAGGGGGAUUUAUUGGCCUGCUGUGGUCAAUCUACAAUGAAGAUGAUCGUGCAUAAGUAAUGCAUGCAUAUGGAUGGAGCAGCACGUGGAGCCAAGUGCUCAGCUGCCUCCUUGCUCUGCCCAAAUCUUUAUUUGAUACCUUAGCGUGUAUGAAGAGAUGCUUAGACCAGCUCACAAAGUAUAAUUGUCAUAAAUACAGAGUUGUGGUUUGGGAAAUAAUAUUUUGGUGAUGAAAAUGUCCAAACAGAAUUACAGAUUCUUAUUUUCCUAGAAAUGAAUCCUGUGUUCCAUUGGCUUUGAUAUCCAGUGACUCUUGAUUAUAACGGUGUCCUGAGGCUGGGAUCCAGUGCAUUCAGACUUGAGUGUUACAUGGAUUGUCGUUUAUUUUUAUUUUUUUAACAUACAUAUAUGUCUUCUGAGCACAGAAUGGGGGAGAAUAGAAUAGAAGAAGGUUUCUCCACUUAUAAUUAAUUGAUCUUUUUUUCAUGGUGACUUAUUUUUCCUGCCUUGAUAGUCACCACUUGGGUUUGAUUGUCAAGGAAAUAUAAAAUUUUCAGUGGCUGCUCUAUUUCCAGAAAAUACCAAUCACCAGAAAUCUAAGACUCACCAGAAAUCUAAGACAUCACUCAAAAGGCAUCUCUUUUUUGAAUAUAAUGUAUGAUUCUUUCCAUCUGGCCUGAGGACUUCCAGGUUAUACAUACUAUAAUAGCAAAUAAAUAACUCUUAAGUAUUUCUCUGAAUGUGACAUCAGACUUGCUUUCUUAAGGGGAUGAGGCCUUUUGUCACUGUCAAAUUUCAUCAGGUGAAGAAUGAGAUCUAAAUAGGUGUUCCAGAAUCUUUGGAGCAAAUAUGCUUAAUUAAAGUGAAUGAAAAGUCGGGAGCAGUGUGAAAUACCUAACAGGCAAGGGGUUUUCAGCAAAGGGAGGCCCAUGUUUUAAAAUUCAGAAUACCACCCUCCUUCCAGCCAAGAAUAAAUUGGAAACUAUUUUAAUUGACACGGAUACUGCAAUUCAACUGUUACGAGAAAGACAGAUUAGUUGAUUGAUUUGCAUUUUAAUAAAACUAAUACUUUACAUUUUGGUGGCUAAUGCUGAUUUUUAAAUGAGUUCAGAGCUGUUAUCUAGAGUUUCAAUCCAGAGACCUUUUUCAAUGUUGACUGAAGCAUUCUCUCUUUUGUAUGGAGUUUUGCUUAUUUUAUUCUUGACCAGCUGACUACUUAUGGCAGCUACAAACCAGGAACCAUGCAGAGCCCAUCAGUACAUUGUCAAAGGCAGAAGAAAGGGAGAUUUUGAGGAACCUGGUAAUGUCCAAAAUGUGAUGUCAUCCUUGACUGUCCUCCAUUGCCACAGACGGAAGUAGCUGGGAAAGGUUCAUUGAGCUCUUCCUUCCAUAGUACAGGAGGGCUUUGUCGAGGCCGGCUUCACCCUUUCACUGGUCCUCACCCACAGGCCCAGCCAGGGACUGGCCUUCCUGGGUCCGCCUCUGGGAGUAGAAAGGAGCUAGGGCCCUUCAGGUGCUUUGAGAUGCUUCAGUGAGAAAUGGGAGCUUCCAGCGGGCAGGCCUCCCCUCCUCCUCUGUCCUUUUCCUCAAUCUUCCUCUUCUCUUGGGAUCACCUUGCCAGUGUUGUGGCAAAUACUCUUACUUCCAGUUCUCUUGCCUGCUGUGACUUAAAACUUGUCCCGAUACCCUCAGCUGCCUUGAGUUAGUGCAAGGUGAACUGUGGCGGCUUUUUCUAGGUGAGCAUGAUGUCUCUGGAUCCUUUUCUGUUGCUUUUGCCUCCUUCCUUCCCAGAUCUGUUCUGGCCUCUAGUUUUUGGACUGAGAACAUGCAAGGAUUCUACAGGUCCUGACCCAGAGACCUCAUUAGAAUAUAGGGAGAUGAUCACAUUGAAAGGUGGCCAUUUCUAUUCAUUUUUCCAAGUUAAUCCUCCCUCCCCCCGAAUUUUGUAAGGAUUGCCAAAUAUUGCCUAAGAUUUGGUAUUCUGGAUGGCCACCUCAAACCAGUCAACCUAAAAGGAAGAUUGAGUCUGAGCCCCUGAAUUGAUCCAGAAUGUGCCUUUUGAAGUGCAGUUGGGCCUUUAAUAUUCCCUAAGGGUUCCUUCCACAGACAUUUCAUGCAUUUAAUGCCAAUUAGUGCCAAUAUCUUUCUUUCCCGGGGGCCAGAUUCAAGAAAUGGCGAGUGCCAGGCUUAGCACAAAUUUUCCAGAUGAGUAGAGUCGACCAAUUUUUCCGAGACACUCCCUGAGGCCCACCAGUACAGAAACUCAGAAAGGUUGGGUUCCUUCUGGCAUUUUUAUGUGUACAGGUGAUCUGAUGACAUGUAUUCAUAUGAGAUUUUUCUAUUGUAUAUGAUGUUUAAUAAAUAUCUUGAAAUGAAAUAACCACA